CCAUUCCUUGGAAAUAUGAGCUCUCCAUACAGCUCUAAUAAUCACGACGUCCUCACCGGAAUUCUUUCCUCUUGCCCUCUAUUGUAAAAAAAUUACAACCUUUUCAUUCCUAUUCAUCAACUGCAAACAGAAACCAUGGUGGCCACUGUCACACUCCAAGGAUGGCGGGCCUCGAUGUUGACGCGAUUCCGGUCCUGCAUCACCUCCGUCCCAGCACACCGUGGCGCGGGCGCGAGGAAGCUACGCGUGGCCCCUCGAUCCUUCUCCUCGUCGUCUCUGGUCCCAGAGAAGAACAAGAUUGUCGACCUGCGGAGCGACACCGUGACGCUUCCGUCACAAUCGAUGAUCCAGACGUCGCUGUCGGCGGCGCUCGGCGACGACGUCAUGGGGGAGGACCCGACCGUUUUGGAACUGGAAGGAUUCAUGGCGGACAAAUUCGGAAAGGAGAAGGGUCUAUACGUUCCCACGGGUACCAUGGCCAAUCUCGUGGCACUGCUGAGCCACUGUGACAGAACGAGGGCAUCGGAAAUCAUUAUUGGGUCGGGGUCGCACAUCAAUUUGUGGGAAGGAGGGAAUGCUUCGUCCAUUGGAGGCAUCCACACCCGACAGGUCAAAGAGGACGACGACACGGCAGAAUUGCUCGAAGACGACAUCCUCGAUUGCGUGCGGCACGGGAGGGACGACCACUGGCCCGUGACGUCGCUCGUCUGUCUCGAAAACUCGCACAACAUGUGCGGGGGCGUCGCGCUGCCCAAGGAGUACUUUGAUCGGAUAGGACGGCUGGCGCACGGCCCAAAAAUGGGCAACGUCGGCGUGCACGUCGACGGCGCCCGAAUCUUCAACGCGUCCGUGGCUCUGGGCACCAGCGUCGGGGACCUCUGCGAACACGUGGACAGCGUUUCCGUUUGUCUCUCCAAGGGCCUGGGUGCACCACUGGGAAGCGUUCUCGUCGGCGGGGAAUCCUUCAUCGAGCUGGCCAAGCGUGCCCGCAAGCGAUGCGGGGGGGGCAUGCGACAGGUCGGCGUGGUGGCCGCGAUGGGCAUGUUUGCCGUGGAACACAACGUAGAGCGCCUGGCAGAGGACCACGCCCGGGCCAGAAAGGUACGGAAGGCGACGAACAAUCGAUGGAGACAUAGAUGGAUGGGUUAAACGCAGAGGCUGGUUUCCUUUUGAUCCGUUCGUUCUCUCAAGAAGCACUCCAUCUUGUUGUUUUCUCGCCUCUUUUUCACAGAUUGGGCUCGCCCUGAAGGAAUACGGCUGCUACAUGUUUCGCGACGGAAAAAUCGACACAAACAUUGUGUAUUUUGGGCUUCCGGAAACCGCCAACCUGUCCAGGAACGAAUUUGUGGAACGCUUAAAUCGAGACUACGGCGUCAAACUUACCGGUGGAUACAGUAAGGGAGGAAAACUCUUUCGCAUCGUGACACACUUGGACAUCGACGACGAGGGUACAGAUCGCACCAUCGAAGCUAUUGGCUCUCUCCUCGGUGCUUCGUCGUCGUAAAGAUUCAGUUUUCGUUUUGACGAAUGUGAGCUACCAUUUUGUUGGGAUUUUUCGUUCAGAAUCACUACAAGCAACAGCCGGAGAAACACAAAGCGUUUUGCCGUACGAAUCGUUAAAAAUAAUAGACGUACACAUAGCUU